UAGUUUAUUAUUAUAUAAUAAUUCCAGUUAAUUUAAACCCUUAAUAAAAUGAGCGCAUUAUCAUUUAUAAAGUCAACAAAAGGCAAGGUUUUGCUUGCCACUGUUGCUGUGUUACACUUGUCUAUUUAUUUCGCCAAACCUUCAAUUUUCAAGGGCGAUACUAGUACAAAAACCCAGACAGCGCCGCCGAAAUACUUGCCGGAUAAUUAAGUGACCUUGUAAAAAGCGCGGAAAUAUCAGUAAUUGUGUAUUCAUGUUUUGUAAAGGUGUGAAGUCACUCGCUCCGCGCUUGCUUCGUAGUGUUAACGUAUCGAGGAACAUGAGUGGUGUUGCGGGACAUCAGGUGUACGUGACGCGGGAUGACAUGCCCGAGUGUGGUGUGGACUUGUUGAAAAAAGAAUGUGAUGUAAAGUUAUGGAAUCAUUCCUCUCCAAUACCAAGAGCAGAGCUGUUAAAGGCGGUUGCAGGAGUAAACGGUAUCUACUGCUCUCUCAAUGACAAGAUUGACCAGGAGCUGCUGGAAGCAGCUGGGCCGGGGUUGAAGGUGGUGGCCACAAUUUCUGUAGGCCAUGACCAUAUUGAUGUGGCAGAGUGUAGGAAGAGAGGAGUCAAGAUUGGUUAUACUCCAGAUGUGCUCACAGAUGCCACUGCUGAGCUUACUCUCGCCCUCCUUCUGGCCACAUCCCGCCGUCUCCCAGAAGCCAUACACGAAGCCAGGACUGGCGGGUGGGUGUCCUGGGCCCCAACAUGGAUGACGGGCCCCGGUCUCGCCGGCGCCACUGUGGGCAUCGUCGGUUUCGGCAGAAUUGGCCAAGGCGUAGCCCGCAGAGUGAAAGCCUUUAACACAGCCAGAAUUCUGUAUUACAAUCGCAGUCGUAGACCCGAGGAGCAAGAAACAGGCGCUGUUAAAGUCAGUUUUGACGAGUUACUCGCACAAUCUGACUUUGUAAUAUGCUGUGCUGCAUUAGUACCUGAAACGAAAGAGAUUUUUAACAAAUCUGCAUUUGAGAAGAUGAAGAAGACCGCUAUAUUCGUUAACACAAGUCGUGGAGGGACGGUUGAUCAGCCGGCCUUGAUUGAAGCUUUGAAGACCAACACUAUCCGGGCUGCAGGCUUGGAUGUGACAACACCUGAACCUCUACCGUUAGACAGUCCCCUGUUUAAGUUAAAGAACUGUGUUAUUCUACCUCAUAUUGGUAGCGCUGCUAUUGAAGCUAGGAACAUCAUGAGCAACCUCACUGCUCAGAAUAUCCUGGCUGCUUUGAAAGGUGAACCAAUGCCUGCAGAGCUUAAAUAAAUGUUACUAGAGCAAUUAAAUAAAAACAAUUGUUACCAGUUAAAUAUUUUUAUGAAUAAAUGACUUUUUAGUUAUGUGU